AUGGCGCACAGCUGUCGGUGGCGCUUCCCCGCCCGACCCGGGACCACCGGGGGCGGCGGCGGCGGGGGGCGCCGGGGCCUAGGGGGCGCCCCGCGGCAACGCGUCCCGGCCCUGCUGCUUCCCCCUGGGCCCCCGGUCGGCGGCGGCGGCCCCGGGGCGCCCCCCUCCCCCCCGGCUGUGGCGGCCGCGGCGGCGGCGGCGGGAAGCGGCGGGGCCGGGGUUCCAGGGGGAGCGGCCGCCGCCUCAGCAGCCUCCUCGUCGUCCGCCUCGUCUUCGUCUUCGUCAUCGUCCUCAGCCUCCUCCGGGCCGGCCCUGCUCCGGGUGGGCCCGGGCUUCGACGCGGCGCUGCAGGUCUCGGCCGCCAUCGGCACCAACCUGCGCCGGUUCCGGGCCGUGUUUGGGGAGAGCGGCGGGGGAGGCGGCAGCGGAGAGGAUGAGCAGUUCUUAGGUUUUGGCUCAGAUGAAGAAGUCAGAGUACGAAGUCCCACGAGGUCUCCUUCAGUUAAAACUAGUCCUCGAAAACCUCGCGGGAGACCUAGAAGUGGCUCUGACCGAAAUUCAGCUCUCCUCUCAGACCCAUCUGUGUUCUCCCCUCUAAGUAAAUCAGAGACCAAAUCUGGAGAUAAGAUCAAGAAGAGAGAUUCUAAAAGUAUAGAAAAGAAGAGAGGAAGACCUCCCACCUUCCCUGGAGUAAAACUCAAAAUAACACAUGGAAAGGACAUUUCCGAGUUACCAAAGGGAAACAAAGAAGAUAGCCUGAAGAAAAUGAAACGCACGCCUUCCGCUACAUUUCAGCAAGCCACAAAGAUUAAAAAAUUAAGAGCAGGUAAACUCUCUCCUCUCAAGUCAAAGUUUAAGACAGGGAAGCUUCAAAUAGGAAGGAAGGGGGUACAAAUUGUACGCCGGCGAGGACGGCCUCCAUCAACAGAAAGGAUAAAGACCCCUUCAGGUCUCCUCAUUAACUCUGAACUGGAAAAGCCCCAGAAGGUCCGGAAAGACAAGGAAGGAACACCUCCACUUACAAAAGAUGAUAAGACAGUAGUCAGACAGAGCCCUCGAAGGAUUAAGCCGGUCAGGAUUAUUCCUUCUUCUAAAAGGACAGAUGCAACAAUUGCUAAGCAGCUCUUGCAGAGGGCAAAAAAGGGGGCUCAAAAGAAAAUCGAGAAAGAAGCAGCUCAGCUGCAAGGAAGAAAGGUGAAGACACAGGUCAAAAACAUCCGACAGUUCAUCAUGCCUGUUGUCAGUGCCAUCUCCUCUCGGAUCAUCAAAACCCCUCGGCGGUUCAUAGAGGAUGAAGAUUAUGACCCUCCAAUUAAAAUUGCCCGGCUGGAGUCUACACCGAACAGUAGAUUCAGUGCCACGUCCUGUGGAUCUUCUGAAAAAUCAAGUGCAGCAUCUCAGCACUCCUCUCAAAUGUCUUCAGACUCCUCCCGAUCCAGUAGCCCCAGUGUCGAUACCUCCACAGAUUCUCAGGCCUCUGAGGAGAUUCAGGUCCUUCCUGAAGAGCGGAGCGAUAGCCCUGAAGUCCAUACACCACUGCCUAUUUCCCAGUCCCCAGAAAAUGACAGUAGUGACCGGAGAAGCAGAAGGUAUUCGGUGUCGGAGAGAAGUUUCGGAUCCAGAACCACAAAAAAAUUAUCCACUCUGCAAAGUGCCCCCCAGCAGCAGACCUCUUCCUCGCCUCCUCCACCCCUGCUGACACCUCCACCCCCACUGCAGCCAGCCUCCAGUAUCUCUGACCACACACCUUGGCUCAUGCCUCCAACCAUCCCCUUAGCAUCACCAUUUUUGCCUACUUCCGCUGCUCCCAUGCAAGGGAAGCGAAAAUCUAUUUUGCGGGAACCAACAUUUAGGUGGACCUCUCUAAAGCACUCUAGGUCAGAGCCACAGUACUUUUCCUCAGCAAAGUAUGCCAAAGAAGGUCUUAUUCGCAAACCAAUCUUUGAUAAUUUCCGCCCCCCUCCACUAACUCCUGAGGAUGUCGGCUUCGCGUCCGGGUUUUCUACGUCUGGUCCUGCUGCUUCAGCUCGAUUGUUUUCACCUCUCCAUUCUGGAACAAGGUUCGAUAUGCACAAAAGGAGCCCACUUCUGAGAGCUCCGAGGUUUACUCCGAGUGAGGCUCACUCUAGGAUAUUUGAGUCUGUAACCUUGCCUAGUAAUCGAACUUCUGCUGGAACAUCUUCUUCAGGAGUAUCUAACAGGAAAAGAAAAAGAAAGGUGUUUAGCCCUAUUCGAUCUGAACCAAGAUCUCCUUCUCACUCUAUGAGGACAAGAAGUGGAAGGCUUAGCACUUCUGAGCUGUCACCUCUCACCCCACCGUCUUCUGUCUCCUCCUCGUUAAGCAUUUCUGUUGGUCCUCUUGCCACUAGUGCCUUAAACCCAACUUUUACUUUUCCUUCUCAUUCCCUGACUCAGUCUGGGGAAUCUGCAGAGAAAAACCAGAGACCAAGGAAGCAGACUAGUGCUCCGGCAGAGCCAUUUUCAUCCAGUAGUCCCACUCCUCUCUUCCCUUGGUUCACCCCAGGCUCCCAGACUGAACGAGGGAGAAAUAAAGACAAGGCCCCCGAGGAGCUGUCCAAAGAGCGAGAUGCUGACAAGAGCGUGGAGAAGGACAAGAGUAGAGAGAGAGACCGGGAGAGAGAAAAGGAGAAUAAGCGGGAGUCCAAGAAAGAGAAAAGGAAAAAGGGAUCAGAAAUUCAGAGUAGCUCGGCUUUGUAUCCUGUGGGUAGAGUUUCCAAAGAGAAGGCUGUUGGUGACGAUGUGGCCGCUUCAUCUUCUGCCAAAAAAGCAACCGGGCGGAAGAAGUCUUCAUCACUCGAUUCUGGGACUGAUAUUGCUUCUGUGACUCUUGGGGAUACGACAGCUGUCAAAACCAAAAUACUUAUAAAGAAAGGGAGAGGAAAUCUGGAAAAAAGCAACUUGGACCUCGGCCCAACUGCCCCAUCCCUGGAGAAGGAGAAAACCCUCUGCCUUUCCACUCCUUCAUCUAGCACUGUUAAACAUUCCACUUCCUCCAUAGGCUCCAUGUUGGCUCAGGCAGACAAGCUUCCAAUGACUGACAAGAGGGUUGCCAGCCUCCUAAAAAAGGCCAAAGCCCAGCUCUGCAAGAUUGAGAAGAGUAAGAGUCUUAAACAAACUGACCAGCCCAAAGCACAGGGUCAAGAAAGCGACUCCUCGGAGACGUCUGUGCGAGGACCCCGGAUUAAACAUGUCUGCAGAAGAGCUGCUGUUGCCCUUGGCCGAAAACGAGCUGUGUUUCCUGAUGACAUGCCCACCCUGAGUGCCUUACCAUGGGAAGAACGAGAAAAGAUUUUGUCUUCCAUGGGAAAUGAUGACAAGUCAUCGAUCGCUGGCUCAGAAGAUGCUGAACCUCUUGCUCCACCCAUCAAACCAAUUAAGCCUGUCACCAGAAACAAGGCGCCUCAGGAACCUCCGGUGAAGAAGGGACGGCGGUCCAGGCGGUGCGGGCAGUGUCCCGGCUGCCAGGUGCCUGAGGACUGUGGUGUUUGCACUAACUGCUUGGACAAGCCCAAGUUCGGUGGCCGCAACAUAAAGAAGCAGUGCUGCAAGAUGCGAAAAUGUCAGAAUCUACAAUGGAUGCCUUCCAAAGCCUACCUUCAGAAGCAAGCAAAAGCUGUGAAAAAGAAAGAGAAGAAAUCUAAGACCAGUGAAAAGAAGGAGAGCAAAGAGAGCAGCGUUGUGAAGAACUCGGUGGACUCUAGUCAGAAAUCUACCCCAUCGGCAAGAGAGGAUCCUGCCCCUAAGAAAAGCAACAGUGACCCUCCUCCCCGCAAACCCGUGGAGGACAAGAGUGAGGAAGGGAACACCGCCACCCCAGGACCUGAGGCCAAGCAUGCGGCCACGCCCACUUCCAGGAAGUCCAGCAAGCAGGUCUCCCAGCCAGCACCAGCCAUCCCCCCACAACCCCCCAGCACAGCACCACCGAGAAAAGAAGUUCCCAAGACCACUCCCAGUGAUCCCAAGAAAAAGCCACCUCCACCUCCAGAGUCAGGUCCAGAGCAAAGCAAGCAGAAAAAAGUGGCUCCUCGCCCAAGUAUUCCUGUAAAACAAAAGCCAAAAGAAAAGGAGAAGCCACCUCCGGUCAAUAAGCAGGAAAAUGCAGGCACUUUGAACAUCCUUAGCACUCUCUCCAAUGGCAAUAGCUCCAAGCAGAAAGUUCCAGCAGAUGGCGUCCACAGGAUCAGAGUGGACUUUAAGGAGGAUUGUGAAGCAGAAAAUGUGUGGGAGAUGGGAGGCUUAGGAAUCUUGACCUCUGUCCCUAUAACACCCAGGGUAGUUUGCUUUCUCUGUGCCAGUAGUGGGCAUGUAGAGUUUGUGUAUUGCCAAGUCUGUUGUGAGCCCUUCCACAAGUUUUGUUUGGAGGAGAACGAGCGCCCUCUGGAGGACCAGCUGGAAAACUGGUGUUGUCGCCGCUGCAAGUUUUGUCAUGUUUGUGGGAGGCAGCAUCAGGCUACAAAGCAGCUGCUGGAGUGUAACAAGUGCCGAAACAGCUAUCACCCUGAGUGCCUGGGACCAAAUUACCCCACCAAACCCACAAAGAAAAAGAAGGUUUGGAUCUGUACCAAGUGUGUUCGCUGCAAGAGCUGUGGAUCCACGACUCCCGGCAAAGGGUGGGAUGCACAGUGGUCUCACGAUUUCUCACUGUGCCAUGAUUGUGCCAAACUCUUUGCUAAAGGAAACUUCUGCCCUCUCUGUGAUAAGUGUUACGAUGAUGAUGACUAUGAGAGUAAGAUGAUGCAAUGUGGGAAAUGUGAUCGAUGGGUCCAUUCCAAAUGUGAGAAUCUUUCAGAUGAGAUGUAUGAGAUUCUGUCUAAUCUGCCAGAGAGUGUGGCCUACACGUGUGUGAACUGCACAGAGCGGCACCCUGCGGAGUGGCGACUGGCCCUUGAGAAAGAGCUCCAGAUCUCGCUGAAGCAAGUACUGACAGCCUUGUUGAAUUCUCGGACCACCAGCCACCUGCUACGCUACCGACAGGCUGCCAAACCUCCGGACUUAAAUCCUGAGACAGAGGAGAGUAUACCUUCCCGCAGCUCCCCAGAAGGACCUGAUCCACCAGUGCUCACUGAGGUCAGCAAACAGGAAGAUCAACAGCCUUUAGAUCUGGAAGGAGUCAAGAGGAAAAUGGACCAAGGGAACUACACAUCUGUGUUGGAGUUCAGCGACGAUAUCGUGAAGAUCAUUCAAGCAGCCAUUAAUUCAGAUGGAGGGCAGCCAGAGAUUAAAAAAGCCAACAGCAUGGUCAAGUCCUUCUUUAUUCGGCAAAUGGAACGUGUUUUUCCAUGGUUCAGUGUCAAAAAGUCCAGGUUUUGGGAGCCAAAUAAAGUAUCAAGCAACAGUGGGAUGUUACCAAAUGCAGUGCUUCCACCUUCACUUGACCAUAAUUAUGCUCAGUGGCAGGAGCGAGAGGAAAACAGCCACACUGAGCAACCUCCUUUAAUGAAGAAAAUCAUUCCAGCUCCCAAACCUAAAGGGCCUGGAGAACCAGACUCACCAACUCCUCUACAUCCUCCUACACCACCAAUUUUGAGUACUGAUAGGAGCCGAGAAGAUAGUCCGGAACUGAACCCACCCCCAGGCAUAGAAGAUAACAGACAGUGUGCACUGUGUUUGACCUAUGGUGACGACAGUGCUAACGAUGCUGGCCGUUUGCUUUACAUUGGCCAAAAUGAAUGGACACAUGUAAAUUGUGCUUUGUGGUCAGCAGAAGUGUUUGAAGAUGAUGAUGGAUCACUAAAGAAUGUGCAUAUGGCUGUGAUCAGGGGCAAGCAGCUGAGAUGUGAAUUCUGCCAAAAGCCAGGAGCCACUGUGGGUUGCUGCCUCACAUCUUGCACCAGCAACUAUCACUUCAUGUGUUCCCGAGCCAAGAACUGUGUGUUUCUGGAUGAUAAAAAAGUGUAUUGCCAACGACAUCGGGAUUUGAUCAAAGGCGAGGUGGUUCCUGAGAAUGGAUUUGAAGUUUUUAGAAGAGUGUUUGUGGACUUUGAAGGAAUCAGCUUGAGAAGGAAGUUUCUCAAUGGAUUAGAACCAGAAAAUAUCCACAUGAUGAUUGGCUCCAUGACAAUUGACUGCUUAGGGAUUCUGAAUGAUCUCUCUGACUGUGAGGAUAAGCUCUUCCCUAUUGGAUAUCAGUGUUCCCGGGUGUACUGGAGCACCACGGAUGCCCGCAAGCGCUGUGUGUACACAUGCAAGAUCGUCGAGUGCCGUCCUCCGGUGGUAGAGCCAGAUAUCAACAGCACUGUUGAACAUGAUGAAAACAGGACCAUCGCUCACAGUCCACCGUCUUUUGCAGAAAUUUCACCUAAGGAAAGUCAAAACACAGCAGAAAUUGUAAGUCCUCCAUCACCAGAUCGACCUCCUCAUUCCCAAACCUCUGGUUCCUGUUUCUAUCAUGUCAUCUCAAAGGUUCCUAGGAUUCGAACACCUAGCUAUUCUCCAACACAGAGAUCUCCUGGCUGUCGACCACUGCCUUCUGCAGGAAGCCCUACCCCAACCACUCAUGAAAUAGUCACAGUGGGUGACCCUUUACUCUCCUCUGGACUUCGAAGUAUUGGCUCCAGGCGUCACAGUACUUCUUCCUUGUCACCCCAGCGGUCUAAACUCCGGAUAAUGUCUCCAAUGAGAACUGGGAGCACUUACUCCAGGAAUAGUGUUUCCUCUGUCUCCAUCACAGGGACCACUGCAGAUCUUGAGUCAAGUGCCAAAGCGGUUGAUCAUGUCUUAGGGCCACUGAAUUCUAAUACUAAUUUAGGGCAGAACACUCCCACCUCUUCAAAUUUGCAAAGGACAGCGGUUACUGUGGGCACUAAAACCAGUCACUUGGAUGGCUCUUCCUCUUUAGAAACGAAGCAUUCCAGUGCUUCAGACUUGACAUCCAAGAGCUCCUCUUUGAAGGCAGAGAAGACCAAGAUGCUGAGUUCCAAGAACUCAGAGGGAUCGGCCCAUAAUGUUGGUUACCCUGGCAUUCCGAAACUGGCCCCACAGGUUCAUAAUGCAGCAGCUGGAGAAUUAACUGUUAAUAAAAUGGGCACUUUUGCUGACCUUUCUUCAGUGCCAUUUUCUUCUAAAGAGGGCCUCCCCUUCCCACCGCUCCAUCUGAGAGGGCAGAGAAACGAGCGAGACCAGCAGACAAAUGGCAGCCAGUCGGUAAACCCCAGUCCUGAUGAAGAUGCCGAAGUCAAAAGCUUGAAACUGUCUGGAGUGAGCAGCAGGUCAUCCAUUGUCAAUGAACACGUGGGAGCCAGCUCCAGAGAUAGGAGACAGAAAGGGAAAAAAUCUUGUAAAGAAACUUUCAAAGAAAAGCAUUCCAGUAAACCUUUCUUGGAACCUGGUCAGGUGGCAACUGGUGAGGAAGGAAACCUAAAGCCAGAGUUUGUUGAUGAAGUGUUGACUCCUGAUUUCAUGGGGCAACGACCAUGUAAUAAUGUUUCUUCUGAGAAGAUUGGGGACAAAGCCCAUCCUAUUCCAGGAGUCCCCAAAGCUCCACCCAUGCAAGUGGAAGGGUCUGCGAAGGAAGUACAGACGCCCCGGAAACGCACAGUUAAAGUAACACUGACACCUCUCAAAAUGGAGAGUGAGGGUCAGUCCAAGAACACCCUGAAAGAAAGUAGUCCCGUUUCCCCUUUGCAGAUAGAGUCUGUGUCUCCAACAGAACCGGUUUCUGCCUCAGAAAGCCCAGGAGAUGGCCCUGUGGCCCAACCAAGCCCCAAUAAUACCUCAUCCCAGGAUUCUCAAAGUAACAACUAUCAGAAUCUUCCAGUACAGGACAGAAACCUGAUGCUUCCGGAUGGCCCCAAACCUCAGGAAGAUGGCUCUUUCAAGAGGAGAUACCCCCGCCGCAGUGCCCGGGCACGCUCUAACAUGUUCUUUGGGCUCACCCCACUCUAUGGAGUAAGGUCCUAUGGCGAAGAAGACAUUCCAUUUUACAGCAGCUCAACUGGGAAGAAGCGAGGCAAGAGGUCCGCUGAAGGACAGGUGGACGGGGCGGACGACCUGAGCACUUCAGACGAAGACGACUUAUAUUAUUACAACUUCUCUAGGACAGUGAUUUCUUCAGGUGGAGAGGAACGGCUGACACCCCAUAAUUUAUUUCGGGAGGAAGAACAGUGUGAUCUUCCAAAAAUCUCACAGUUGGAUGGCGUCGAUGAUGGGACAGAGAGCGAUACCAGUGUCACAGCCACAACUCGGAAGAGCAGCCAGAUUCCAAAAAGAAACAGUAAAGAAAACGGAACAGAGAACUUGAAGAUGGAUCGGCCUGAAGACUCUGGGGAAAAGGAACAUGUCAUUAAGAGCUCAGUUGGCCACAAGAAUGAGCCAAAGAUGGAUAACUGCCACUCUGUGAGCAGAGUGAAAGCCCAGGGACAGGAUUCCUUGGAGGCUCAGCUCAGCUCGUUGGAGUCAAGCCGCAGGGUCCACACAAGCACCCCUUCAGACAAAAACUUACUGGACACCUAUAACACCGAACUCCUGAAGUCAGAUUCGGAUAACAACAACAGUGACGACUGUGGGAACAUCCUGCCCUCGGACAUUAUGGACUUUGUCCUGAAGAAUACUCCGUCCAUGCAGGCUUUGGGUGAGAGCCCAGAGUCCUCUUCGUCAGAACUCCUCAACCUUGGUGAAGGCUUGGGUCUUGACAGCAAUCGUGAAAAAGACAUGGGUCUUUUUGAAGUGUUUUCCCAGCAGUUGCCGACGACGGAGCCUGUGGACAGUAGUGUCUCUUCCUCCAUCUCAGCGGAAGAGCAGUUUGAGUUGCCCUUAGAACUGCCAUCAGAUCUCUCCGUCCUGACAACCCGGAGUCCCACAGUCCCUAGCCAGAACUCCAGUAGGCUAGCUGUGAUCUCAGACUCGGGAGAGAAGAGAGUAACCAUCACAGAAAAAGCUUCCUCUGAAGGUGACUCCUCCCUGCUGAGUCCAGGGGUAGACCCCAGUCCCGAAGGCCACAUGACUCCCGAUCACUUUAUCCAGGGUCACAUGGAUGCAGACCACAUCUCCAGCCCUCCCUGUGGUUCCGUGGAGCAAGGUCAUGGCAACAAUCAGGACUUAACUAGAAACAGCAGCACCCCUGGGCUUCAGGUACCUGUUUCCCCUAGUGUUCCUAUCCAGAAUCAGAAAUACGCACCCAACUCCACCGAUAGCCCUGGCCCGUCUCAGAUUUCCAAUGCCGCUGUCCAGACCACUCCGCCCCACCUGAAACCAGCCACUGAGAAACUCAUUGUUGUUAACCAGAACAUGCAGCCACUCUACGUCCUCCAAACCCUUCCGAAUGGAGUGACCCAGAAAAUCCAGCUGACCUCGUCUGUAAGUUCAGCCCCCAGUGUGAUGGAGACAAACACGUCCGUGUUGGGGCCCAUGGGAAGUGGCCUCACCCUCACCACAGGACUCAACCCGAACCUGCCAACAUCUCAGUCUUUGUUCCCUCCUGCUGCCAAAGGCUUGCUCCCCAUGCCUCAUCACCAGCACUUACAUUCCUUCCCCACCGCUACUCAGAGUAGCUUCCCCCCCAACAUCAGCAGUCCUCCUUCGGGCCUACUCAUCGGGGUCCAGCCUUCUCCGGACCCCCAGCUUUUGGUUUCAGAAGCCAGCCAGAGGACAGACCUCAGUACCACGGUAGCCACUCCAUCCUCUGGACUCAAGAAAAGACCCAUAUCUCGCCUGCAGACCCGAAAGAAUAAGAAACUUGCCCCCUCUAGUGCCCCUUCCAACAUUGCCCCUUCAGAUGUGGUUUCCAACAUGACACUGAUUAACUUCACUCCCUCCCAACUUCCGAAUCAUCCCAAUCUCUUAGACUUGGGGUCACUGAAUACUUCAUCUCACCGAACUGUCCCCAACAUCAUAAAAAGGUCUAAAUCUGGCAUCAUGUAUUUUGAACAGGCACCCCUGCUACCACAGAGUGUUGGGGGGACCACUGCCCCAGCGGCAGGCACUGCUACCAUAAGCCAGGAUACCAGCCACCUCACGACAGGACCCGUGUCUGGCCUGGCCUCCGGUUCCUCUGUCCUGAACGUUGUAUCCAUGCAAACUACCACCGCCCCCACAAGUAGCGCAUCUGUUCCAGGACACGUGGCAUUAACCAACCCCAGGUUGCUGGGUACCCCAGAUAUCGGCUCCAUAAGCAAUCUUCUAAUCAAAGCCAGCCAGCAGAGCCUGGGGAUUCAAGACCAGCCUGUGGCUUUACCGCCAAGUUCAGGAAUGUUUCCACCACUGGGGACGUCACAGACUCCCUCCACGGGCGCGCUGACCGCCACACCCAGCAUCUGUGUGCUCCCGUCUACCCAGACCGCGGGCGUCACAGCGGCUUCGCCUUCCGGGGAAGCAGAAGAACACUAUCAGCUCCACCAUGUGAACCAGCUCCUCGCCAGCAAAACUGGGGUUCUCUCUUCCCAACGGGAUCUUGAUUCUGCUCCAGGGUCCCAGGGAUCCAGCUUUACCCAGACAGUAGAUGCUCCUAAUCCCAUGGGCCUAGAGCAGAACAAGACUUUACCCUCAGCUAUGCAAGCCAGCUCCGCCUCUCCAGGGGGUUCACCAUCCUCCGGACAGCGGUCAGCGAGUCCCUCAGUGCCGGGGCCCACGAAACCCAAACCAAAAAUCAAACGGAUUCCGCUGCCUUUGGACAAAGGGAGUGGCAAGAAGCACAAAGUUUCCCAAUUGCGGACCAGUUCUUCUGAAGCACACAUUCCAGACCAAGAAGCCAACACGACACCCCAGACCUCAGUCACAGGGACUCCAGGAACAGAGGCUGAGCAGCAGGAUACAGCUAGUGUGGAACAGUCACCACAGAAAGAGUGUGGGCAGCCUGCAGCGCAAGUGGCUGCUCUUCCUGAGAUUCAGACAACACAGAAUCCAGCACAUGAACAAGAAAAUUCAGAACCUAAAAUGGUGGAAGAAGAAGAAAGUAAUUUCAGCUCUCCACUGAUGCUUUGGCUCCAGCAAGAACAGAAGCGGAAGGAAAGCAUUGCUGAGAAAAAGCCCAAGAAAGGACUUGUUUUUGAAAUUUCAAGUGACGAUGGCUUUCAGAUAUGUGCAGAAAGUAUUGAAGAUGCCUGGAAGUCACUGACAGACAAAGUCCAGGAGGCUCGGUCCAACGCCCGCCUGAAGCAGCUGUCAUUUGCAGGUGUGAACGGUUUGCGGAUGCUGGGGAUUCUCCAUGACGCUGUUGUAUUCCUGAUUGAGCAACUGUCUGGUGCCAAGCACUGUAGGAAUUACAAAUUCCGUUUCCACAAGCCAGAGGAGGCCAAUGAGCCCCCACUGAACCCUCAUGGCUCAGCCAGGGCUGAAGUCCACCUGAGGAAGUCAGCAUUUGACAUGUUUAACUUCCUGGCUUCUAAACACCGGCAGCCUCCUGAGUACAACCCCAAUGAUGAGGAAGAGGAGGAGGUACAGCUGAAGUCAGCUCGGAGGGCAACUAGUAUGGAUCUACCAAUGCCCAUGCGUUUCCGGCACUUAAAAAAGACUUCUAAGGAGGCAGUUGGUGUCUACAGGUCUCCCAUCCACGGCCGAGGUCUUUUCUGUAAGAGAAACAUUGAUGCAGGUGAGAUGGUGAUUGAGUACGCUGGCAAUGUCAUCCGUUCCAUCCAGACUGACAAGAGAGAGAAGUACUAUGACAGCAAGGGCAUCGGCUGCUACAUGUUCCGGAUCGAUGACUCUGAGGUGGUGGACGCCACCAUGCACGGGAACGCCGCCCGCUUCAUCAACCAUUCAUGUGAGCCCAACUGCUACUCUCGGGUCAUCAACAUCGAUGGGCAGAAGCACAUUGUCAUCUUUGCCAUGCGCAAGAUCUAUCGAGGGGAGGAACUCACUUACGACUAUAAAUUCCCCAUUGAGGAUGCCAGCAACAAGCUCCCCUGCAACUGUGGUGCCAAGAAAUGCCGGAAGUUCCUAAACUAA